AUGGUGGAGGGGCAGAGUACAGACGAAGAGACAAAAGUAAUUCGAGAAAGGAUAGUAUCGAUCCGUAGAAAGAUUCACAAAAACACAGUUAAUGCCGUUACAGCACGCUGGAAUUUUGAAGAAGGUAUCAAACGGCCAUACUUCCACGUGAAGCCUUUGGAACGAUGCCAAUUGAAGAACUGGCAGGAUUACUUGGAUUUCGAAGUCGAACAAGGUGACCAGGUCAGGAUCGUUGUUUUGUUUGAACGGUGUUUAAUCGCGUGCGCAUUAUACGAAGAAUUCUGGUUACGUUUCGUUCUUUACCUGGAAGGAUUGAAAGACCCCAAUUUACAACCCAAAAUUAAAGACGUUUACGAGAGAGCUUGCACGAUACACCAUUUGAAGAAACCAAACCUGCACUUACAGUGGGCCAUGUUUGAGGAAUCGGUUCAAAACUUCAAUCGGGCCGCUGAAAUAUUGGUUAACCUAGAGAAAUCGGUGCCUAAUUUACUUCAAGUUGCUUACAGACGUAUAAACCUAGAAAGAAGGAGGGCCGAUUAUGAAAAAUGUUGCCAGCUAUACGAGCAUUACAUGAGCACCACAAAGAACAAAGUUAUCGCGAGCAACUUGGCGAUUAAAUUUGCCCGUUUCCACUGGAAAGUCUUAAAAGACCUCGAUAAAGCAAUGGAGGUGUUAAAUACUGCCGUCACCAAAGAUUUGAACAACGCAAGAUUAUAUCUACAGCUUAUCGACUUCACAUUACAAAAAGAGGAAUUCACCGAAACCGACAUUCUAUCCCUUAUUGACGCAUUUCUUGAGAAAGAAGGAAUCGACAUCGAACAAAAGGUACUUUUCGCCCAAAGGAAAUUGGAAUUCCUAGAAGAUUUUGGUUCCAACAUUCAAGCCGUACAAAAGGCACAAGAAGAAUAUCAGAAAUACACUAAACUAACAAAAGAUAUGAAAAAGAAAGAGACGUCCAAAGCUGAUACGACAUUGUCAAAGAAAGAUAAAAAUCCUCCUCUUCCGUCAUCUCAAUCGAAUUCCUAUGGAAAUUACGGAAACUAUUCAAAUUCGACUAAUUCGGGCGCUUACAAUCAAUAUUCCAGUGCUCAACAAGGACAAUACAAUUACGCUCAAUAUGGACAAGGCGACCAGUAUCAGUACCAAAAUUGGCAGUAUCCGCAAAGCAGUUACGGAAGCUAUAAUCAGUGGAGCGGAUAUAGCAGUGGAUAUGGCUACUAAAUUUAAUCGUCGGAUAAUUUAUAAAUUAAUUAGUACCUGUACAUAAAAACCACGUUAGGUUAAGUUUUCAUACAAUUUUUAAUUUGUGAAUUUCAUUGUACGUUUUAUUAUUUGAGUAAGAGCGGUUUCUUGUCAAAUCUAAAAAUUAUGCACUCUUAUUUGAAUAAUGAAGUCAUAAGCACCAAUGCCAUGAGAUGUGUCUAUUGUAGGUAUUACGCCUUAGAUUUAGAUUUGAGAAAAUUAAACAUUCUGGAAAAUAUAUUCACUUUUUUAUUUGUUAUUUUAUUACGUAUUAGUAACAGCUAUGUGGCUCUUGAUCAUAAUUGUAAAGUAAUUACAAAUUAAAAUUACAUUAGCCUUC